GACACGGUGUGUUCUAUACUCACUAAUUUACCCACUUCCGCGGCAAAGAAUAUUUUCCCUUGGACAAGCUCGUUAGUUCCAAUAUCCGAUAGUGAACUCCGGCUUCCAACCACGAGAAUGUAAACUUCCCAGUAGGGACUCCCUUAAAUACAAUAGAGUAAUCGAUGAGUUCGCGCCAAGAGCAGAGGAUCUACCGUUAUACGAUGCAUAAGCUUGCCCGAACAACUCAUGGUAUUCUCCUUCCCAACUUCAAGAACCAACUCAGAAGCCUUAAAAUUUUCACGCUCGCUGCGCAUCUCCACAACACCGCCAAAACCCAACUUCAAGAACCAACUCAUGAUUUCCUCUGGAACGAAUCUGAAGAGCUCCAAUCAUCAAAUUCCUUAGAACAAGAAACCCGGUUCGCGAGAAGAACUGAGCAGUCCUCCGAUUGGAGCUACUCGACGUUGUCCGCAGGAAAAGUAUCUACUGUUCAGGUUUCGCAUCCGUGGCCAGAAUGGGUGCAGCUGAUGGAACUUUUGUUAAACAAAGGGUAUUUUGAAUGGGGUGAAAGCCCACUCCAAGAUACCGAAUUGGGUGUAAAACACUCCAAUGUAAUUCGGACCGCAUGCCUUAAUUUUGCAAGGGACCGGUUUGAUCUCAUAAGGUUCAUUUCAAGAAAAGAUAUCAGCGUGGUUGUGGAAUCUGGAUGCCCAAGCAUAGACAGGAAAGUAGUCAACUCUGCAAAGCGUCUAAGAGGAUAUCUGGGCAUUGAUGAAAGAAAUGUUUGCAGCUCCUGCAUGCUGAGGGGAAACUGUGACAGAGCAUAUGUAAAGGCACAUGAGGCUGAAGGUGCACGGACAGUGGAUGCUAUGCGGAUCUUAUUGACUUAUGGGCUUGAUUAUUUUACUGGCUCAGUGGAGAACAAGCCAUCACAAAGUACAAGGAUUAAAGAUUCAGUGAGAAGGCUGCUGAAAGAAAUGCUGGUGCUGAGCACAAAAGAACCUGCAGAUUCCCCACUUGCCACAUCCUCUAAAAGGCUUUUGUCUCUUGGAGAAAAUUUAACGACACUGGGUCAAAUUAAUGUCCCAAUGAAGCAAGGGGACUGGCAUUGCCCAAAGUGCAACUUCAUAAAUUUUGCCAGAAAUAUCAAGUGCUUGCGCUGUGAUGAAUUGUGUCAGGAUAAAGUGCAGAAACUAGGGGAGGAUCUGGAACAUCUUCCAUUGAAGAAGGGAGACUGGAUAUGUGACAAAUGCCAUUUCUUGAACUUUGCCAAGAAUACAAGAUGUAUGCAAUGUAAAGAGAAGCCAUCGAAGCGGCAACUUAAUCCAGGGGAGUGGGAGUGUGACUCGUGCAACUACAUAAACUUCAGAAAAAACAUGGUAUGCCUGAAAUGUGACUAUAGAAGGCCCAAAAGCUCAAAACAUUCAGACAACUCUACUCAACCCCACAAUGCCAAUGGAGGCUUUGUGAGAGACGAAGCCUAUGACAAGCCUUUGGACAGACGAGAUGGAACAAGUCGAAGCAAAGACGGAGAUUUCUGGAGAUUUGUGGAGAAUGAAAGUGAAGAUCAUCAUGGAUCACAUCCAAACCACGAGAUUUUAGGAUUUGUGGAUUUCCCUAUCACUGGUGGUAAAAGUGAAUUGUCUCGGAGUGUAGAAAAGAGGGAAAGGUGGAAGAUCGAGAUGGCAGCAAGGAGCAGACAUUCUUCCAAAACAACUGAAAAUGUUGAUAAGCCUGUCAACUUGCAGAGAAGGUUAGACUUCCUGAAAUCUACUGAUGAUGACGAGAUGGCUGAGUGGUUUGGUGCAGGGAAGGCAGAUGGAAACAAGAAAACUGAGACCUCUGUCUGAGAAAAUUGAUUGAGGACCAGCAAUAAUGUUGUCACCAACAAAUGCAUCUUGACGAUGGCCUGUUACAACUUAAGAAUCAUGCUUUGGUUGUCCACUCAUUUUUAACAUUUUGUGCGAGGGAGAACGAAGGCCUGGAAACAGAUGCUCGUGCCUGUAACAUGGAAAAUUCAAGUGACAGAUAAUAGAUGAAUGUAAUAUUUCCAGGAGCACAAGGAUGCUAAAUUAAUUAGCUGAUGUGUAGCAUAUGUAACAUCCAUCAGCCAUGCUGACAUUAAUUUUUCUUUUUCUUUGUCUUAUUUUU